AAUUUUAUAAAAAAUAAUAUAAUUUUUGCAUCCGUAGAAACAAGAAGCAAUUUAACAAAAUAAGCAUAAUUGCAAUAAAUAAAUAAAUAUCUGAAAUCAAUAAAAAGUUUUAUUUAAUACGAGUAUGCAUAGCUACACUUUUACUUGCAAAAGUAUUGUCGUUUACAUUGAAGAAUUUGAAUAACCCUUGGCUGCGCAACAAGGCAUUUUAAAUCCAAGUCACCGUCGAGAUAAUGUUAAAGACGGCCGAUAAAUUUUUGUAACUGUCAACGGGGCCCCUUCUUUUAUUUUCUUUGAACAACUAAUGUAAACAUACAUGAAUUCUUAAUUAAAUUUAUUUUUGUAUGUUAAUAAGCUACAUAUAUACUAAAUUGAUUUAAACAUUUUUUGAAAGCUCGCCGAAAGUGUCCUGAACAAUAUGGCGAAUCAAAGUUGUCUAAGCGGUAUCCAAUCUCUUACUUGAGGAUCUCUACUCUCGAGAGAUAAGACUUCCAGUUGAGAAAAUGCCUCCACGGAAAUAUAAAAGAUAUUUAGAACCUGAUUCAACAGAGGAUAUCCCUCGUCAAACCCUUCAUAGCAAAAGAAAGCGAGAAAAAAUCUCACCCAACAGAGAGGAGAUCAGUCACUCUCUGUCAACAAUUGAUGCAUCAGAAUUGCAAAGACUGACAAUAUCAAAUCAGUUGGAACAAAAUGUAUCGUUUGAAGAAAUGAGAAUCGAUGCUGACGUUCAAAAUUCAGACUUGCAAUUUCAAGAUAAUGCUAAUGAUAUUGGAAAGUGUGAACAAAAUCUGCAUUCAUCUCCUGAGCAACAUCAUAAUGAACCAUUUGAUGAUGAUGUGAAUUUGUUUGACGAAGAUGCGUCAUUUCAAGAAAAUCCCACUUCUGAAGAAGAUGGAAACGAUGAGGAAGAGCAACAUCAUAAUGAACCAUUUGAUGAUGAUGCAGAUUUGUUCAACGAAGAUGUAUUAUUUCAAGAAAAUUCCACUUCUGAAGAAGACGGAAACGACGAGGAAAUAUUGGCCAAUCAGUAUGAUCAAUUUCUAAGUGAAACAUUGUGUCCAUGUUCAGCAACAACAAAAGGAGAAGCGCUAAUAAUGGCCAUACUUAUAGGUCAAAAACACUGUUUAACUUGGGUUGCGAUACUUGACAUCAUAAAUAUGAUAAAUAAGUUGUACAGCAAUGAUGUCUUACCAAGUUCAAAAUACAGUUUAUUCAAACAUUUUCCAUUAGUUGAAGACACUAUUAAAGUCCACUUAUUUUGUCCAAGUUGCCAAAGAUACCUCGGUGGACGACCAAACUUAUGUUCGGCUAACGUAGUAUGUCAUGCCUGUGAGAGAGAUAUUGAUGCAAUAUCGUCAUUCUUUAUAACUUUAAAUUUUACAUACCAGUUGCAAAUUCUAUUGAAUAAUCCAGAUAUUUCGAAACAUUUAGACCACCGCUUCUCUCGGCGAAAAGAAAACGAUAAUGCAUUCGAAGAUAUUUAUGAUGGCUAUGUGUACAAAAAAUAUUCUGCUCCAGGUAAUCAGUUAGAUUUCAGAUGGAAUUUAUCAUAUACUUUUAAUACAGAUGGGUGUCAAGCAGCAAAAUCAAGUAAAACAUCUAUUUGGCCUGUAUAUGUUAUGUUACAUGAGUUGCCGUCGGAAAUACGAUCAAAACAUAUGUUUCUAAUCGGUUUAUGGGUACACAAGAAAGAACCCAAUAUGAACACGUUUUUACAACCAUUCGUCAAUGAAGCAAACUCUUUGGCGCGGGACGGUGUACAAUGGAAUCUGAACAACGAAAUUAUUACCAGUAAAGUCUACCCUAUAAGUUGCUGCGUGGAUUCUGUUGCCCGACCUUGUAUUUUGAACAUGAUUCGUUUUAACGGCUUUUACGGAUGCAACUUUUGCGAACAUCCUACCGAAGGUGUUGAUGGAUACCGCCGAUAUACUAUGUCGACAUGUGUACCUCCGAAUCGCACAGAUACAUCUAUAAGAUGUAGAAUGCAAAAUGCGUUAAAUAAUGAAAUUCUUCCAGUUAUGAAUAUGGGAAUUAAAGGCCCGUCGGUACUGAUAAAUCUGGAAGGAUUUAAUUUGGUAGAUGGAAUAGUACCUGAUUAUAUGCACUCUGUUUUAUUAGGAGUUACUCGGCAAUAUACAGAGAUGAUAUUAACGUCACGAGGGGAAGAAUAUUAUGUUGGUUCGCCCAAUCAGUUAGCUAUAAUAAAUCAGCGUCUAACUUCUAUUCGACCACCAACAUGUAUCACACGAUUACCAAGAACACUUGAAGAACGAAAGUGUUGGAAAGCUUCGGAAUGGCGUUCUUGGCUCUUGUGGUACAUGUUGAUAUGUCUGCGGGGAUUAUUUCCUAUGAAAUAUUUGCGGCAUGUGGCACUAUUAAUAACUGCCAUUCAUAUAUUAUUACAAAAAUCUGUAACAAUAGAAAAUAUUAAUCGUGCUCACCAGUUGCUGAUUAAAUUUCUGGUCAAAUUGCAAAAGUAUUUUGGAAAAUCUUCUAUGACGUUCAAUAUGCACUUGCUCUUACACUUAAGUACGAGCGUAAAGAACUGGGGACCUUUGUGGACUCAUAAUACUUUUCCAUUUGAAAAUGAAAACAGAUUAGUACUUCAGAUGAAGACUAGUCCAUAUCUUAUAGCUGUACAGAUUGCGAGGAGAUAUUUCUUUUAUAAACAACUGCCCAUGCACUUGAAAAAGUUUCCAAAUGGUAAUAGAUUUAUAGACUUUUGUACACAUUAUUUUCAAAACAGAUUGAAAUAUGUUUGUAAAAUUGACGAUUGUGUAUUACUUGGAUCAGGUAAAGACUAUACUUUAACUUUAGAAGAACAAAAUUGUUUUGGAAGUGCUAUAUCUUGCAAAGUAUUCCAUAAAAUGCUUUGCCACGGACUUCGUUUCACAAGUGAAAUUUACACGCGAGCGAAUAAGUCCAAUGAUUCCAUCAUUGUUACUCGAGACGAUACGAAAGGUAUAAUUACAAAUAUAUGUUCUUAUGAGAUUACUGAAAAUGAUCGAGUGGUAAGAAAAAUUGUUGUGUUUUUUCGAAAAAUUAAUAUAUCAUGUCAACCGUAUCUUGCAACCAAUGAUGUGAUCGUAACUCAUAUUAUAGAAUGUUUCAUCACCGGCGGUUUAUUGGAGAAAUGUUCUCCUGCAUUUAUUCAAGGUCACUGUAUCAUGAUGACGUUGAAUGGUAAACAUUAUAUUAGUGACAUACCAAGAGGAUGUCUUGGCGAUUAAUAUUGAUAUUAUUUUCUUCCUAAUUUUAUUAAUAGUAAU